UUGAUGGAAAAAGGCGUCCAAACGAGUCGGGGGUUGGGUCUAUUCUUAAAUUUGUUGUAUAGUCUUAUUAGUACAAAUACUUGCAUUUACUGAUAACACUCUGUUCUAUACCUUCAUUGUUCCAAAGUCAAGUGGAAUCUUACAGAGCAUGGAGCUAUUGAAGAGUAUCAAUAAUAAAGAAAUUUUCAUGGAGGUUCUUCAUUUGUCUAUUGAGUUUUUGAUUGGCAACAUCAACGAGCAACAGGCACUACGUUUUUCACACAAGUUCGGGUUCCAAAAUCCCGACGAUUUCUUACUUGCUACGCGCACAAUAUCCAAGUACUACAAACAAUGUUGUUCAGAUGGUGGGGAUACGGAUAUUUCUGAAAAAUUGCCCUAUUUGAGUCCCGAGCUAAGACCCCUUGUGCCCUUGGUGCUAGCGGCGAGACUCGAUGCAGUCGAAUUAGCCCUUGGAAGAAGCGAAUACCUAAAGAAUCACGUCAAGUUUGUGAUGUCCUUCUCCUGGGACACGCGCCUUAUAUUGGGCGACAGCAGUUUUAGAAGCAAUAUUCGGCAAGUGGCAACAAUAAAUUUGCAUUGCCAAUCAAAUUCGAAUCGCGAAGUAAUCUUCUUUGAAAUGGAUCUUCAAAAACUUUGCGCUAUGAUUGAAGUACUUGAAAAGUCUCUUAAGAGAGUUUAAGUUGUUAUAAUAUGAAUCUAAAUAUUCUUAAGACUAUAUUUAUGCAAUUGUAAAUAUGUAUAUUCCCGAAAUACAAUAAUAUGUUUAUGUAUGAUAAGAAACUAGAUAACACAAACAUAAUUUAUACGUGCUUGAGCUAUAUUCCGCGGAUGUAAUUCUACAUUUUUGUUGCAAACAUCAAAUGUUGUGGUCUAUAUUCCAAGUUUAAAACCUCUAGAUAUGACUUUCGACUCGUCCGCACUGAAUCAUACAUUUCAGUCAAAUUGUAAGUCAUCCAAAACAACAAUUAAUUUCAUUAUAGCAAUAAGUAGACCAGGUGAUCCAGCUUUUUAAGGGAAGUUGGAUUUGAAUUUAAUCUGUAAAUAUGCCAACGAGCAGGCCUUGGGAGCCCUUUACAAAGCUUAUACUAUUUCUUACUAACAAAUCUUCUUACUAAAUCGACACAAAUCAUAAAUAUGUUGUCAGAACAAACUAUUUGUUAUCGUAGAAAUGUUUAUGUAGAAAUAAAAACAAUAUCUUAAAGCGGGCUACACACGCAUGUUAUUAAAAACUUAAAUUAUGAAUAUCAUAAGGAAUUCAUUGAAUAUUCUCUUAAAUCUGGGUUUUACUUAUUUUUUUAUUACAUAUAUAAAU